AUGCCAGAGGGUGCGUUGGAUGAAGCGCGAGACGUAUUUGGUGUUGAGGAUUUCAAUUUUGAUGAGUUCUACGACGAAGAUGAAGAACCCGUGGACGACGAGGAAGAAGAGCAAGAAGAUCUGAUGGACGAUGAGGGCGAAGGAGAAGCAAGAGUACGGCGAGUACGGGCAAAAGAGAAGAGCAGUACCCUGCUGGACACCAUGGAGCCAUCCGAACUCGAGCGUGGCUUCAUGGCACCUCUCGAUAAGAAAAUACAGUUAGAAGACAAGCCAGAAAGGUUCCAAUUACGACGUACACCUGUAACGGAAGCCGAUGACAUGGAGCUGGAACUUGAGUCGAAAUGGAUUUAUUACCAUGCCUUCUGCUCUGCCUCUAUUUCUACACAGGUACUUUUAGUGGUUUCAUCAUGA